AUGGACCCAAAGACACUCACCACUCGAGUUCGUAGUCAAUUAAAUGAUGCGAAUCUCUUAAAAACCAGUCACGUGUCAUUCAACGUUCCUCAUGAGACAGACGAGGACGAUUCUACGACCGAGACAAUACAAUUACCGAACGAAAUGGACAAUAAUAUUGUCACUUUCAAGAAAAGUACGACUACGGACAAUAUCAAGUUUCAAAAAACAGUAACCACGUCAUACGUGAGCCCAUCUAUUGUAAUAUUCUGGCUUACAAUGUGGUUUUUCCAAAACAUUAGUGUCACAUUCUGGAACAAAAAAGCGUUGCAAAUAUUGCAAUUGCCCGUGACCCUUACAUUUGUACAUAUGAUGUGCAAUACAUUGGGUGCAUUUCUAUACAUUCACUUGUCUCAAGGCAUUGAACGUCAAAAGCUCACGUCUCGACAACAUCAUCUUUUAAUUUCAUUUUCCAUCAUUUUUGUCAGUAAUAUCAUUACUGGAAAUUGGAGUUUAGGACUUGUGUCCGUCUCGUUGAAUCAAGUCAUGCGAGCACUUGUUCCAGCAGUUGUGAUUGUACUGAGUAUGCUCAUUUUAGGCAAACGGUACUCGCUCAAGCGUAAAUUAGCGCUCAUUCCAGUAGCAUUUGGUGUCUACUUGGCAUGUACGGGAGAUAAUUCAUGCACGGUCCUGGGGUUUAUUAUUACAGUCGUCGCUGUGCUUUUUGCAGGCUUGAAAGCCGUACUAUCCAACAAGUUUUUGAGUGGAGACUUGAAGCUGCAUCCGGUAGACUUGAUCUUGCAUCAGGCACCAUUGUCAGCUUGUUGGUGUCUGGUCACGAUGUUUUUGACGGGGGAAGUAAACACUCUACUAAACAAGUGGGAAGCCGUACCGUCGGCUAGUUUCUGGUUCCUUUUGACCGGCAUUAUCAGCUUCAUGUUGAAUAUCACGAGCUUUAUGGCCAACAAGGUCACAUCACCUGUGACACUGUGUGUAUGCGGCAAUAUGAAACAGGUGGUUGUGAUCGUGAUGUCCAUUCUCAUUAAUAACGAUGUCAUCACGGUGCAGAAAGCCAUUGGCAUCGUCGUUGUAUCGAUCGGUGGCGCAACUUACGCUUACAUCUCAACAAGGGAGAUGAUGGUCGAGACCACGCUUCCUGCGACAGCUAAGCCCAAGGUGCAGACGUAG